AUGAGGACGUCGUCUAUUUCUCUCGACGCCGCGCCGUCGUGUACGCCCACCGGCCGCAUCAGCAAGGCAAAGAAGGGCAAGCGCGUUCACGCGUGCGAGUUUCCCGGUUGUGGCAAGGUCUUCACUCGGGCAGAGCACAGGAGGAGACAUGAGCUCAACCAUAACCCCGAAGCAUUGUUCCCCUGCACCCGUCCUGGAUGUCGAAAGGCAUUCCAUCGAAUGGAUCUCCUCCAGCGGCAUCAAGAGAGGCAUGAUCUCGAGAGCGCAGUGGAGAGUGCCUCUGGACACCUGGAUCCGAUGGCGCAGAUAGCUGUCACUUCAGAAGCAUCAUCUGUGAUGCCUGCUCCUGUCAUGAGUAGCCCGCAAGGCGAUCGAAGUGCUCCCAGAUCAUCUUCUGGUGGUCUCUCUAUCGGUUCACUCGUUCAUCCACAACAAGACUAUCGUUACAGCCUGGGAACGCCAGCGUUCAACGGAUUCGCACGCCAGCCCAUGCACUUUGUACCUGGUUUCCCUUCUUCAGAUGAUUCUAUCUUCUACACACCCGAGAGCAGCCAAUCCCCCGUCUCAGAGUACUAUGGGCGAUAUCCUCAUCGCCAGAGCAUUUCUUCUUCGUCUUCUGUUACUUUCGACCCUAAUGGGGCCUCUCCCUUGAUCAGCGGAAACAUGCCGAAUGCCUGGGCUCCCACUUCUGGCCCUCCCAGCAAUUUCCCUUCGACUAUGCUCGAUGAUGGAUCCUACCUUCCCUCUCCUGCAGACUCUACCCUACCAAUACCCCUCUCCGACCUGGAUGGAAUCGAAUGGUCUGUCAUACGACGAGAACUAUCAACUGCAACUGGACUACAGCCAGGAGAUCCCUCAGCCGGUUUUUCCGACACUAUAAGGUGGGAUUGUCUGGAACACUACUGGCAAUACUUCCAUCCUUCCUUCCCCAUCGUACACCGACCGUCCUUCCUGCCCACAAAACCGAGCCCGCUCUUGGCUAGUGCCAUGGUCGCAAUUGGCUCACAAUACGACACACGACCGGAUGCGAAGAUGUACUCUCUGACCCUAUUGGAGAUUGCCACCAAGCUUCUGAGGAGGAGAGACAACAUCACUUCUCGGUCUAGAUUGGCCGACUUGCAGUGUGUUUUCCUGCUUGAGAUUCUGAGCAAGUACUGUGCCAGGAGAGUCGAAGUUGAGAUGUCAGCAAGAUUUCGAUCACUUUUUGCCAGUCUUGAUCAAGCCAGGCGGACUCUUGCCACAGAUCCUCUGGCAGUCUUCCGGACUCUCCGAAAGGAGCGCUUGACAGACGACAUCCAGAGGGCGCACAAGUUCUGGCUAGAGCACGAGACCCGCAGACGCAUUCUGCAAGCUUCAAACGUGCUGGAUCUUCAACAAGUCACUUUGUUCGAACAACCAGCGACGAUCAUUCACCACGAGCGACCUAGACGGCUUGGGCCUGCAGGACUGCGACUGAACAUUUCCCUUCCAUGCGCCGAGGAGCUUUGGGAAACCAGCCCAAUCGAAGACUGGGUCGAAAUGGCCGGCGAGUCGGAUGCGACUGGCCCCACGAAGAGUCGCUCGUCUCAGAAAGAGAAAGCGUCUUCAGUGCGACUGGACUACUUUCAGAUCCAGGUCAGCCUGGCCAACAACCCAGGCAUAACCUUGGACCAACUCUUGCCCCGAAAUGACCAGUCUGGGACAGCCGCAGCACGGCUCAUCUUCAACCGCCAUGCUAGGGACAUGGCCAAAAAUACUCCCAUUCGGCAACUUCUUGUUGUGAGUGGCGAGUCUUGGAUCAUGGGCAAGAAGCUCGAGAACGAAGCGGAAUUUCAGGGGGCCAAGCGCAGCUUGAGAGCCUGGGUUGACUCGAACCGUGAGAGCCGGGCGGCGCUGUGGCACGCUACUCAAUUGAUCCGACUCCGAACCCAAUUCUCAUCUUCCGGCUCCACGAACACGGAAUUGUCUGUUUCAUUUCAUGACACCCACAUGCUUCAUGAAGGGUGGGCGAUGUAUCUGGCUGCGCUGGUCUGUUGGGCUUACGGCUUCACUGCGCGCACGGCAUCCGACAAUAGUGGACACUCUUCCAUUGUCAGCGAACCCACGUCGAAUCCGUCACGAAGUUCCAGUCUGUCGUCAGUCCAUCCGGCCUUGCUCGACCACGGCGAUGCCCUGUACAACAUGCGCGAGUACUUGCAAAACACGAACGUCAAAACGGUUGACGAUUUACUACACCUGAGCCCCGCGAUCUUCGGGCGGACACACGGUCUGCUCGAAAUCAUCAGGCUCGAGAAGAUUUCAUUCUUCCUGGGAGGACUCAUGAACGAGGCAGAAAGGGUCUUGUACCGACUCGUGGAGGGACGCAGUCGGCUGUCACAUUUUUAG